AUGGAGGAAAUGAAAACAUUCAUAAAGGCCAGAGGAAGAUGGAAGACAACCAUUACCCGCAUAUAUGGAUAUGCAGAGAAUCCUGCACAGGAUGCCGACGUCUUCACAAUUGACACCAAAUUGGAAACUUUGUCCAAUGCGUGGAACGAGUUUGUGAAGUCUGGCGACGAAUUGGCCAAAUACGACAAACUAGAGGCAUCGGAUACUGAAAUUGCCUACCUGUCACCGGCACAUUUCUUAAUUGGCAGAACAUAUACAGCAGUUCCUGAAGACAGCUAUUUGCAGAUUCCGACCAAUCGAUUGAGCUACUGGCAGCAUGUUCAAGCAAUGCUUCAAGGAUUUUGGAAGCGUUGGCAUCAAGAAUACUUGACAUCACUACAACAGCGCCCGAAAUGGACCACCAAGUUACCAAACAUUGCGAUCGGUAAUCUUGUACUGAUCAAGGACUCUAACGCGCCUCCAUCGGCAUGGCUCUUAGGACGGGGUCCAAAUAAGACGUCCACCAGUGAAGACAACAUUAAGCUUUGGCGUUACAUGGAGAACAACGAUGAAAGCGAUCUCGAAGGAUCAUCUGAGGCAGAUAAUUUUCAGGAUGACCGAAUGUAG